AUGACUGAAGAUCCUGGUGAAGCUCUAAUUCAGUACAUCAAAGAGAUAUUUCUACCUAAUCCCCAAGAGGAGGAAGAGGACAAACUGCAUGGCGAUGAAUGGUGCCUGGAUUUGUCUUAUGAGGCUAUGGCAUCCAUAUAUUCCGAAUAUGCUGAUAUAUACAGUGGAACUCGUUGUUGGUUUUAUCAGACAUGCCAUGAAUUUGGUUGGUUUGCCACAACCAAGGCAUCGGGCAAUGCAUCAUCGCAACUUUCCUUUGCCGGGCAAGUUCCUUUAAAGUUUUUCCAAAAGUUAUGCCAUGAUGUUUUUCAUUCUCCAAGUAACGGCGAUGGCAGUCGAGUGGGUGGCAGCGAUUUGGGAUUAUUUUCGCCCCUCCUGAACGAACUCCAUAUCAGUGCCAAGAAGAUAAACCAUAUUUUCGGUGGUUUUGCCAAUGUCUCACAACGGGUGAUAUUUACCCAUGGCCUUCUUGAUCCCUGGCGUGCUGUAGGAGUACAUCGUGGUCAGAAUGUUCUACUUUUGAAAGGCUAUAGCCAUGUGGAGGAUUUAGGUUCAAUAAACCUCAAAGAUACGGUGGAAAUGAAUGUGGCCAAAUUGAAGGUGGCAGCGUUUAUAAAUAAAGCUCUGAGAAAUUAAAUGAAAUCCUAAUGCAGUUUAUUUGGUGUUUAGUUUGUGACAGUUAUUGCCAAAGUUUCAGUUUUGUACAAGUUUGUCGAGGCGAAAGAAAAAUU